AUGGCGCCAUGGCCAGCACAAGGUAACGAACCUAAAGCCCCAGAUAGAAAUAAAACAAGUGAUAAUCGAACUGUAGAUAAUUUAAAAUCAAAAUCAGAACCGCCCGACGACAAAAAAUUAGUUAAAGGCAUUUCAAAGGAUGAUCAGCCAUUGCCAUUCGGUCGUUGA